AUGAACCGUCCAGUCACGAGCGACUGGUCGUCAGAGGAGUGUAGCGAACCUAACAAAACGCUCUAUGAGCCGGUUGUCGGGGACAUCACCGAAGACCUCGACUUAGUUAACAGGGAAGCACCGGUGUUCAUCGAACGGAAGCUGGUUUGUCGGCAUACUGUCAAUCCGGCUGGUGAACAGUCAUCUUGGCAUCGUCCAGAUCGCCUGGACGAACCGCUUCUAGUCGCACAUAAGUGA